AUGAACGGCCACUUUCCCUUUGUAGAAAUUUCUGGAAUCUCGGGUGCUUUUAUUGAUUCCCGUCUUUGUGGGGGGAAAAAGAAGACCACUUUGGAAAUAGGCGAGGUUCCCACAGGAAGGGAGGACGGUUGCGUCCCCAGAGCAGACGGGGCUGCCGGAACAGCACGCACAUCCCCAGGCGCCCGCAGCGUGCUCGUCUACACAACCGGGUUCCCGCCCCGAGGGGCGAGGGAUGAAGGCUGGCCUGGGCGGGACGCGGGGCUGGCGCGGGCCUCGCCCCUCCGGGGGAUGGAGAGGAUGGAGGCGGCGGCCGAGCCUGCCAGCGGCUGUCCUCAGGAACUCAAAACAGGGAGCAGAGCUACCAGCUCCAUGAAAGUGAUCUCAACUGUGGAGACCAGUGACCCUGAGCCCCAACUCAAUAAUGGACACCUCCCAAGAUCCAGGCCCUACUCUCAGGAAGACAGAAUAUCCAAUCUGAUGGCCCCCCAGGCUCCCGGGGCAUUGAAGAUACAGCGCCAAGGCCCCUCUGUGCUGGAAUGCAAGGUGAGGGCCUUGAAGGAAAAGAUGACAGCAGGCAGGCAGGGGACCGGCCCCUGCCUCACUUCCCACGAGUGGCCCUCCCCCAAGAAACCCAAAGGCAGAAAAGUCAAGGUGGAUGGAGCUGGGACUCCAUCAGAGCCGUCCUCCCGGCCUGAUGCUGUGGUGGGCCCUGCUCAGAACCUUACCUACAGGAAGCUGAACAGCAGUGUCAAUGAGGAGGAGCCCAUCGCGAAUGAGGGCCCCAGGCCCCACAGGCCACCUGCCUCUGAGCUUGAGUGCUGGAAUGGGAGGAACUUGUGGCCUCCAGAAGCUGUGUGGACUCUAUCUGACCAUGUGAGGGGUCCGCUGCCAGGGCUCAGCUAUUUGCAAGAGGACUCCAUCCACAGAGCCACUGCCUGCCAUCGUGGGGACCCUGGGCAUUGUAAUGAAAUCUCCUACAUGCCCACCCUGAAAAAAGGAAGGUCAGACCCCCCUUGGGAUGGUAUGGUCACAGGGGGAGACCUGGACAGCGUGUCUCUGACCUCCGAAGAGGACUUUAUGCCCAGGCCUGCCCUGCCAGGGGGGCUCUGGAGAACUGGAGACUUGGGGGCGCUAGGCACUAGAGGCAGCACCUUGUCUCUGUCUGAUCUGGUGGAGAAGAACCGCCUUCUUCUGCAAGAGAUGCUAAAUGUUGGGGGACAGGGCUCCACCAAGUUGGGAAUCCCAGCCUGGACUCCAUCCUGUGACAGAGCUGUACCAGGGCGACCAGUGGGAGACAUGAGCUGGGACUCGGGCAUCUCUAUGCAGGACUCCAUGCAGGACUCCAGCCAUGACAGAACUGUCGUUCCAAGGCCGGAGCCCGUGUUGAACCCGAGGCAUGAGGAGGCCAAGCAACUGCUGCAGUGUGCCCGCCUGAAGGCCAGGACCCGGCCCCUCCGUGCCAACCACGACAUCGUGCCCACCAUCGCCCGGGGCAGCCGAGACAGCCGGCAGAGCCCAGCCGCGUGCCGGAAGUUGCCCGUCACCUGCAGAGACAGCCUCCAGCGUGGCAGCACGAGUGACUCCUCCAGUGGGGCGUCCGGCAGCGGGCAGUGGCUGAGGCAGAGCACCGCCCCGUCCCAUGUCCGCUUUGAGGAUGAGUCGGCCCUAGAAGCCGAGUCCCGCUACUUGGAGAGGCUGCAACAGCGCCAGCGCCCAGGGCCAGACCAAGGUCCCUUGCGCUCCAAACCGGACCUCUAUGACUACAUCCAUGGGGGCUGCCAGCGCAGGAACACCCCCCAACAGGCACUGUCCAGGCUAGUGGGCCUGGACUGCUGGGCCCUGCCUGCCCGAGGUAGUGAGAGGAAGUGCCAAGCCUGUGGUCAUUGCCUUGAGGACCAGUUGCCCACCCCCGGGAAGGCACCCCCAGGCCCCAGUGUACCCUGGGAUGCCGAGUCUUCUGAAAGGAGUGAGGGGAUGCUGUCAGAACCUCUUAACUCCCAGGGGCUGAGCUUCCCUCUUAUGCUCCCCCCAUCCAAGCAAGGGCUCCACGUGGAAUGGUUUCAGAAAACACACAUCAGGGACACAUCAGUGGGCCCUGAGGAGGUGGGCCCUGCCCUGGAUGGCACAGACACCUCCAACACCUGCAGGACGCACAGCGAGGAGGCUGGGGCUGCUCGGCCCAGCAGGACCAGUGACCCCACCAGAGAAAGUAGCCCCCACCCUCAGGCCUCCAGGCCUCAAGCGGGGCCCAGGAGGUUCUGGAAGGCUGACAAGGAGCCCCCCAAAAGCCUUCAAGACCCGUGCUACCUGCCAGGGUCUGAUCCGGCAGAGGUUGCCAAAGAAGUGAAAGAAGGCAGAGGAUGUCCUCCCGUGCUCCCCACAGAUGUCCUCCCUGAGUCUCCGGAGGCUAAGUGGGUGCCCCUGGGGUCCCAUUGGCAGCCUGGCUCAGGGCUGGGAAAUUGCUGGACUUAUUCUGUGGAUACCAAGAGCCUGGGCCGGACAGCCUCAGCCGUAAAACUGGAGUCCUCGGGGCCAGACCGACAAGCCCAGGUGAUAGGAAGAGAUGCACCUCUGGAGACUGUCUCCCUGCCACAGAGGCCCCUGGAGUCCCCUGCUUCUCAGCAGGUCCAGCAGCCACGCCCUUCCCCUGAAGUUUGGGUGCCAGCCCCUCCCUCUUCAAGGAAAACCAUCUCUCCGGCAUCUCACAGAAAGGCAUCUCUGGCUGGACCCUGCGGGCACCCUCACCAGGGAGAGUCUGUGGACUCCCCUCUGCCUCCCUCAAAAAGUGAAGUUCCCUGGACCUGUGAGCCCACCCUCCGACAGAACGAGCCUUGCAGCCCCCAAGGCAGGCACCUGCUGUCUACCUACAGCUGCCACAAAAGCUAUUGUUGUACUCCCCGGGGGCCGUGGGAACCCCAGGGAGUAGCCAUGCACAAGGGCAAGGUGGAGAAGAAGCCCCGAAGUCAGGAGCGGGAGCCUCCUCUGGAGGACUGCAGAGCAGGAGGUCCACAAGGCGUUCCAGCCUCAGCAGCUGUUGGUGCUGUCGGCUUCAAAGGCCCCAUCCUUUCUGUAGCCACAGAAGAGUCAGAGUCCAGCCAGGAACCAGAGGGAGGCCUGCCGGACACCGACUCGCAUUCCAGAGGGCCUGUGACAUCUCCAGCAUCACUGGAGGUCUGUGCAGGGCCCAGCCUGCCCUCAGCUGCCCCUUCUGACCAGAGCACGAAAAGCAGAGGCAGCCUCACCUCCACCCUGGGGCUGAAGAAAUUCUUCUCGACCCUGAGCCAGGGCACACGGUCCAGAUUGGCUAAGUGCCGCAGCUACAGUGUGGAGCAGCUUCGGCCCCCCUUGUCUGGUCUGGCUUCACACACCAGCACCCCCAAAGUGAAGAAAGCCCCCUCGUUACAAUCCCUGCAUCUGAACCUCCAGUCGCUGCUGAGUGGCAAGACAGACCGUUCCAGCCUCUACCUGGUAGAGGAGCCAGAGGAUGACCAUGCAGCUGGCAGGCCAGCCCCGGCUCUGUUCCGACGUGCCCUCAGUGUGGAGGACGUAGGUGCACCCAGCCUGGCUCGCAGGGUGGGCCGUGUAGUGGAGGUAUUUCCAGAUGGCACGAGCCAGCUGCAGCUACAGUGCUCCCCAGAAGGCACUUUCGGCUUCUGUGUGGCCUCCGGGAGUGGGCGCCGGGACUCAGGGUUCUACGUGCAGGAGAUGGCUGACGUGAACACAGCCAAGCUGUACUCAGGACUGUUGGGGGUGGGGGAUGAGAUCCUGGAGGUGAAUGGGGCCAAGGUGGCAGGACUGGGCUUGGCCCACAUUAAGGAGCUCCUGGCCCACGCAAAGAGCUUGUCGCUCCGGGUGCUGAGACAGAGGCCUGUCCCACGGUGACCCAGAGCUUUGGCUGACACUAUUGCUCUCAGAAGCCCUGAAUCACCCGGUGGGGGUGACUGAAUGCACUGCACAGAGCCGCUUUGUCCCCUGAAAAGGAAGAUCGCUGGGGCAUGUAACCCUUGGGAUUUGGCAGUGCUCUGUGACUGGCACUCUGGGGAGAGGGAAGGAGCCUGUUGUUUCGUUUGUGUAAGAUUGUUAAUUUAUGCAGGCUGGGGAAAGAAAAUACAGAUGUUCUUCCGGCCCAAGCUGUCCGCCUGCACCUUGUGGGCAGCCAGGGGAUCCUCUGGUUGGCCCUACAAGUCACCUGGCUCCAGGUCCAUCUCACAUUUUCAAGGGCUUCUCCAGCCUUGCACCCUCCAGAACCAAAAGAAAAUGCGAGGCUGUCUUGGCCUUGAGCUGCCCUUCCAGUCUCGUUUCUCCAGCUCCCACCCACCACCUUUGCUGUUUACCCUGAAGUGAACAA